AUGGAUACGGCGAGUAAGAUCAAGGAGAUCCUUACUCAGAUAGGCGAUCAGGAGCAUGAUAGCUAUGCCCAGCUUGUCGGGCAAAAUAAAAUACUAAGUGAUGAAGAAUUUUAUGAUCUUUACAGCCAGCAAGAGAAGCUCAUGCGCUUCAACCCCAAGCUCCAGACUGCAGCACUCCUUGAGCCGGUCAUUUCCUUUAUUCCACAUAAGCAUGUGGAGUUUCAGGAGCUAAAUGGAUUCUCCAUCCGCAGGGUCCACCAAGACGCCGACUCCAAGCCACUGGAGGCCGUCGUUAGCCCUGCUUACAAGGACAUGAUCUUCCGUCUUUAUCCUAACAUCAAAGCCCUGUACGAUACUGUUUCUAAGGAGGGUCCCAACUUUGAGUCUGACUUCUGGCUUCACGUCAUCUUUGAAUUUGAUGAUCACGCUAAGAGUAACUACAUCACUGAGUUCAAGACAUCUGGUCCUGGAGGGACUCGUAAGACUACCAUAAUGCCCAGCACUAGCUUUAUGGACGACUCCAGCAAGACCAUGACACACCUGCUCAACGUUAUCAAGCGCUCUUUCAGCAAUAAGCACGAUCGCUUCAGAAACUUAUUCGAUAUUAACAACAUUCACAUCAAUCUUCUAAGUGUUGUUGGAGACAUUACGCUGUUCGGUUCCCACAACCUUCAGGAAGAGUCAGCAGACACGCCCUCCAAAGGCUUCAGGUGCAAGAUAGAUGAUUUACUAUAUGAUACCAACGGUGGAAGUACGGUGAAUCUCUUGACAGUGAUGGACGCUAACGAUAAGCUCCAGGGGAACAGUGCCCUCUUCCAACCGCACACAUCGUAUGGCGUAGGCGACGACAUUCAUAACUGUUACCGCAACGCAUCCAAUUUUGUUCUGAUUCGAUCCAUACAAGCCUACAACAUGCUUCUCAUGAAGGACAUUGGGCACGGAAACCUGCUAAACGCACACAUCAUAGACUACGAAAAAAUGGUUAACACCUGCAUAUUAGAUGGGGUGUACUCCGAGCCGCCUCUAAAGCGAAGCCUACCACUAAAGAGCAUUAACUGGCCUGCAAAAAAACUUUCUAACGAGGGAAUGCCGCACGAGGAAAUCACCAAAAAGAAUAAUUCCUUCAGGGAGCUUCUUAGGACCCGGCAUGCUGCAGCAGGCAUGGGUGGAGACACCCUCUCCAAGAAGGCCCUUAUGUCGUGCUUUUCUCGCCAGGAGAGCGGAAAGGAGUUCCCCUACCAGCAAAUUCAGUCAGAUAUACACGAGAACGUGCACAGCACGGCAGGUGAUGCUAUGCAGAAGCAAGAUGCUGUCUAUAUCAAAAACUUCCAAUGGCUCUAUGACUUUUCACGGUACAUAAUGACAGUCCUGUUCUCCGACAAGUUCCAGGAGCUUCGCGGCAAUAAGCCCGCGUUCAAGCAAAAACUCAGUCGUCUGUACAAGCAGCUAGAUUGCCUUGAAAACAACUUGACGACGUACUCUACCGAUUCGAUCCUUUUCCGGUUCGAGAACAGGAUAAAGAAGAUAUUAAAGCUCACAGAAGACGCUCUUGACACCAGCUGA